AUGAUACGUAACCAAGGAAUAUGUAUCAUAUUCAGUUUGAUAACGUUACUUACAUUGAUUAAAAUUUAUGAUAAAUGCCAACUGGCCGGCAAUCAGCCCACAUCUUCAUCUUGGGAACAUAAUUCAUUUCAAACGGAGAAAUUAGGAAGCACUUUGGCAUAUUCUACUGAUCGAAAAAUGAAACCAAUGUAUAUUUUUGUACAUGCUCCAAAAACGGGUGGAACAAUUAUUCGUGUAAUUUUAAAUCAUUGGUGUAUUGCUACUAACAAAACUUGCAGAGAACUUAUUAUCGCAGACCAGUACGGUGAUAUACGAGAACUUCGCGCAAUGAAUGCAUCAGAACUUAAUCAAAUUGACGUGCUUAUAGGACACAUUCCAUAUGGAGUCCAUCACAUGAUCGAGUUGAAACGACCAGUCAAAUAUAUAACUAUAAUUCGAGAUCCUGUACAACAGACAAUUUCCGCUUUUCAUUUUCGAAGAUUUUCUGCUCAUUACCUUGCGGGAGCGUUCGCUUUACAAUCAGUAAUACAUCAGUUAAAUAAUACAUUACAAUGUGGAACUACAUCACUCGAUUGUACUUAUGAUAAAUUUCUCAAAGGAUCUCUGGAUCAGAUACUAGGAGAGUCUUUUCAACAGUUUUUGAAAGCAAGUAUAGACUCACAGUUAAUUCAGAAAGACUAUGGAUCACGAUGGACUUUUGGGAACAAUCCUGUUACUACUUUGUUCUGUUGCUAUCAUUUUUGGGAAAAUACUACUUCAGAAAAAGAUCAGAGAGAACAAAGGGCAAGAUGUCCGCAUAUUCGAAAUGAUAAAACCAGAAAUUGUGCACUUGACAAUAUGAACCAAAUUGACUUAAUACUUAUCAAAGAACAUGCAAAACUUUCAUUACAGCUUUUGGAAGUUUUCUUAAAUUGGACAAUACCAGCAGAACUAAAACGAUUGCGUAUAAACGAAGCAGUCUAUGUAACUCCAAAACCUCCUCCAAUAAAGUCUGAAGAUCUGGUUUUUGCUGAGAAAUUAGCAAAGCUUGAUCGCAUCAUUUAUCAAACUGCUGUAUUGAAAUUUUGGACAAAUGUCCACUCCCGUGAAUUAAUUUAA